AUGAUAUAUUUUCUUUUCCGUGAAGGUGUUUCCUCUAAUACAAACGUCACAAACGCGGAAAGUUUAGCUUUGAGCUCUUCUGUUGUAACAACAAACUCGAGUUCGGUACGUCAAAACAAAACAAUCAACUUUACGGGAGGUGACAAAUAUACAGGACAAUUAAAUAAUCAAGGCCUCGAAGACGGCCAGGGUGUUUAUUGGUGGUCACAUGGUUCACGAUAUGAAGGAGCAUUCAAGAAAGGGGCGAAACAUGGCCGUGGUACUUACUUUUUCAGUAAUGGCGAUAAAUAUGUAGGUGACUGGAUAAAUAACAACCAAGAAGGAAAUGGCACACUUAUAUGGGCAAGCGGCGGUCAGUAUGAAGGUGGAUUUCGAAAUGGUUUGCGACAUAAUCAUGGAAAAUGUGUCUCCGCCAAUGGCAAUACUUAUGACGGAGAGUGGAAAGAUGGUACAAGAAACGGUUCUGGCGUAAUGUAUUAUGCAGAUGGUGCUGUAUAUGAAGGAAACUGGAAGGAUAAUGAAAGAAAUGGGCAGGGUAUUUUGACGUGGAAAAGUGGCGAUCGAUAUCAAGGACAUUGGGAAAAAGAUAUUCGAAUGGGACAUGGCGUAUACAGUUGGUCAAACGGUAGUAGGUAUGAUGGAGAGUGGAAAGAUGGAUGUAGGCAUGGUCACGGUGUGAAGCAUUAUGCAGACGGAAAUACGUACGAUGGCUACUGGGAGAAUGAUAAAAGACACGGACAAGGUGUCCUCAUAUUUCAAAACGGUGAUAGAUACGAAGGACAGUGGCAGAACGACGUUCGAACAGGACAUGGCAUUCACUAUUGGACGAAUGGUGAUAAGUAUGUCGGUGCAUGGAAAGAUAACAACAUCUGUGGGCAAGGAAUUAAGUACACGAAUGAUGGUCAUAGAUAUAAAGGAAACUGGGCGAACAAUACUUAUGAAGGUCAAGGUAUUUUUACAUGGAAAAGUGGUGAACGAUAUGAAGGUGAAUACAAAAACGGGAAUCGACACGGUCACGGUAGCUAUUUCUGGUCUAACGGCAACAAACAUGUUGGUAGAUGGAAAGACAAUAAAGAACAUGGCGCCGGUGUAUUCACAUUCGCUAAUGGAACAACGAAGACAGGAGUUUGGGUAGACGGCAAUGAAAAUUAA